GAGAGUGUCAUACAUGCUGUCAACCCGAAAUCGAAAUUGAAAUAUUUGAAAGGAAUGAGUUCUCAUUCUUUAUCUAAUGAAAAGUCGAAAGUUGGUGAGUUAACCGUAGAAGGACUUUUACUCCCACUGAGCAGCUUGAUACUUUUCAGGCGAACCCUUCUCUCACAAUUACAACACUAGACUAUCCGCGGAAUUUCAGUGAGAAGAUCUAUGUCAGCCUUCAGUGGGAGAGAAGCGGCGUCAAAUUCAAGUGAAAACAUCCGUCCAAAACCCGCGACAGAAAACAAGGAAUCGCUUUUAUCGAUCUACAGAAGAAACUCUGCGUCUUCCGUUGGUGAAGUGGAAGGGGAAGCGCCUUCUUCAUCCAAAAAGAAUUCAAGGACGAAAUUUUCGAUUUUUAGGAGACUGUCGUCGGUGUCUUCAGUCGCUGAGAGGGAGGAAGCCAACUCUGGUGAUUUUUCAGAUAGGAAGGAGAGGGUUGUGAGAGGCUCUAGUCAAAUUCUUGCAGUGCAAAGAAGGUCUAGCUUGUUGUUGGACCAUGACGGUUGUGAGGGUGGGGGAGCUUGUCAGUUGAUGAACUGUGAGAGCUACUCGAGGAUGGACCCUUGCUACGCAGAAACUUCCAAUAAGCAAACGAAAAUAUGCGGUUUUUUGCCAUGCCUUUUGGCUCUAGGUGCCAUCAUCAUCAUUUUCAUUCCAUUAGCCAAAAUUUUAGGAGGUCUCAGAUCGGAUCUUUGUACUAUACAUCAUGAAAUGACCGAUAUAAAGAAACACGUCGGGAUCGACACCACGGAGGAUUCUGAUAAAUCAGCACAACUGCCCAGAGAGUAUAGUUCAGCCAUCAAGGGUUUGGUGAAGGACGAACUGGAAAAUUUCGAUUCUGACAAAACUGGAAAGACGGACUUCGCUCUGGAAACGGCAGGUGGUAGAAUUGUGAAAGUUAUAGAUACGGAGAAUUAUGGUUCCACUGUGGGACUGUUCGGAUUGACACUUUGCGAAGGAAACAAUGGUCCACGAGCAAUGAUUCAGUCCAGUAGCGCUCCAGGAGAAUGUUGGGCCUUCAAAGGAUCCAAAGGAACUGUCUUGAUAAAGCUCCUUGGAAAAGUUAGGAUUAACGCUGUAAGCUUGGAGCACAUUUCGAGUAAAAUAUCACCGACUGGCAAACUUGAUACUGCACCAAAAGAUUUUGCAAUAUAUGGACUGGAAGACCUGAAGAAAACCAAAGUGCUACUCGGCAGAUUCCAAUACAAAUUGGACUCUCAUCCCAUUCAAACUUUUCCCAUCAAAAUGUCUUGUCAAGUACCGUUUGAAUUCGUGGAGUUUCACGUAGAUUCGAAUCAUGGUUCAACAGAGUAUACGUGUAUUUAUAGGUUGCGUGUUCAUGGUACCCUAGAGUCAUUGUAAGGUUGUGACAAAACUAAUAUAACAUAUAAAACUUUUAUUUUUCAAUAAAUUUCUCAUACAAUU